UUGACAAUCCGUUGUCAAGUUCAGAUGUAUUAUGAACGUUUGUCAACGUUCGUAUUCACUUUAAUUUUCGAAUAUAAAGUUAAGCAUCUAUAUUUAUAUUGUUUUGUUGCCAGUAUCCACCCACUACAUAUUUAAAUACUUCGUAUUGUCAUGUAUUUGGUAUAAUAUAACCUUUUGAUUAAAUAAUUUAGUUGAUGAAUCAAAAAUUUUCACAAUUGUACAAUGGAGGAUAUGCCAGAUAGAGUAUAUUAUGUGUACAGCUGUACAGUAGAAUCUAAAAUUCAGGUAAAAAUAGGAGCAUUGGAAGGGAAAAAAUGUAGACCAGAGUAUGACAAAUUAUUAGAUGACCCGUUGUUGAAGUACUCUGGUUUAUUUGGCUCUGGAUGUGGAAAAGGAGAUUUAUUAGCUUCUCUUCAAGUAUUUGCAAAUGGGAAAGCUAUUGGUUUACCAGUUUCUACUUCGUACAAACAUUUUACAUCAAGAUGGAACUGGAAUCAGUGGAUUACAUUACCAAUUGCUUUCUGUGAUUUACCUCGUAAUGCACAAUUAUGCAUAACAUUAUAUGAUUGUGCUGGACCUGCAAGACUUAUACCAGUUGGUGGAACAACCAUUUCUCUUUUUGGUAAAUAUGGUGUUUUUCGUCAAGGUAUGAUAGAUUUGAGAGUUUGGCCUGGAGUAGUAGCAGAUUGCAAUUUUCCAACAACUACUCCAGGUAAAGCAAGAGAUUGUGGAAAAGAGCAAAUGCAACGAUUAGCAAAAUUGGCUAAAAAGCAUCGCAAUGGUCAGAUAAAUAAAGUUGACUGGCUUGACAGAUUAACUUUUCGUGAAAUCGAACAUAUUAAUGAAAAAGAAAAAAGAGCUUCUGAAUAUUUAUAUUUAAUGCUAGAAUUUCCAGAUACUAAUAUUGACGGAAUACCUUAUUCAAUUAUUUAUUACGAAAACGACGGAGAUGAUGUGGUACAGCAUAGAACUCAAGCAGAUAUUGUUACUCUUCCUGAUUAUGAAAUUUUGCAAGAAAAUUUGGUCGAGGCCAAACAUCACAAACUUGUUAGGAGUUUAAGAAGUGGAGGAAAUAAUAAAGAAUUGAAACCAACUUCUAAUGUUCGUGAUGCUUUAAAUACAAUACUUUCGUAUCCACCAACAAAGGCUUUAUCUACAGAAGAGCAAGAUCUUAUAUGGAAAUUUAGAUUUUAUUUGUCUACUCAAAAAAAAGCUCUCACUAAAUUUGUAAAAUGUGUUAAUUGGCGAGACCCUAGUGAAGAACGUCAAGCUUUAGAAAUGCUUUCAUCAUGGGCUCCUCCUGAUCCAGAAGAUGCACUUGAAUUACUUGGUCCAGCAUUUACACAUCAAGCUGUGAGAAAAUAUGCAAUCAGUCGCUUAAAUCAAGCACCAGAUGAUGACUUGAUGCUUUAUUUGCUUCAAUUAGUACAAGCAUUGAAAUAUGAAGAUUUUGAGAGCACAAAAGCAGCUAGUGAAGUUUUUAGUAGUAAGCGUUUAUUAGGUGAAACUAAUGAUCAAGAAUUCAAAAAUAAUAAUGAUUUAUUUUCAUCUAAAAACAAUACUAUUUCAAUAGAAUGCAAAAAUGAUUGUUUCUUAAAUCCAAGUGCUCAGAAUAACUUAGCUAGCUUUCUCAUUACACGUGCUUGUCAAAAUUCAACAUUAGCUAAUUAUCUUUACUGGUACCUUUCAAUUGAAUGUGAAGACCAACCAGAUCCAAUAAUUAGUCUCAAACAAGAUACACGUGUAAGAGAAAUGUAUGUUUCUGUUAUGAAAAUGUUCACCAAUGCUCUUUCAUUUGGAAACAGUGUUUGGCAAAAGAGAAAAGCUUUUUUGGAUAAGCAGAAGGUAUUUGUGGAUCAAUUAGUUUCUUUAGUCAAGACAGUAGCACGAGAAAGUGGCAAUCGUAAAAGAAAAAUAGAAAGAUUACGUGCAUUGUUAGCAGAUGAUGAUGCAUUAUUCAAAGUUAACUUUUCCAAUUUUGAACCUAUACCAUUCCCUCUUGAUCCUGAUAUUUGCAUAAAAGCCAUAAAACCUGAAAAAGCUACCCUUUUCAAAUCAGCAUUGAUGCCAUCAAAGUUAACAUUCCUCACAACAGCCAAUACAGAAUAUAUUGCUAUUUUUAAAAAUGGUGAUGAUUUAAGACAAGAUCAAUUGAUUUUACAAACAAUUGCUUUAAUGGAUAAGUUGCUGAGGCGAGAAAAUUUAGAUUUAAAAUUGAGUCCCUAUAGGGUACUUGCUACAAGUACAAAGCAUGGAUUUUUACAGUUUAUUGAAUCAACAACAGUAGCUGAAGUUUUAGCUAAUGAAGGAUCAAUUCUUAAUUUCUUCCGUAAACAUCAUCCUUCAGAAACUGGACCAUAUGGUGUGGCAUCUGAAAUAAUGGAUACAUACAUCAGAAGCUGUGCUGGUUACUGUAUUAUAACAUAUGUACUCGGAGUUGGCGAUCGACAUCUUGAUAAUUUACUUCUUACAACCUCAGGCAAAUUAUUUCAUAUUGACUUUGGUUACAUCUUAGGUAGAGAUCCGAAACCACUACCACCACCAAUGAAACUAAGUAAAGAAAUGGUUGAAGCUAUGGGAGGAGUUGGAUCUGAUCAUUAUCAUGAAUUUAGGAAACAAUGCUACACAGCGUUUCUGCAUUUGCGUCGGCAUGCAAACCUAAUAUUAAAUUUAUUCUCGCUGAUGGUAGAUGCAAGUGUUCCAGAUAUAGCAUUAGAACCUGAUAAAGCUGUCAAAAAGGUACAGGAUAAGUUGCGAUUAGAUUUGAGCGACGAAGAAGCUGUUCAUUAUGUACAAAAUCUCCUUGAUUUAUCAGUGACUGCUGUUAUGGCAGCACUAGUUGAACAAUUUCACAAAUUUGCACAAUAUUGGCGAAAAUAAAGUGUUUUUAUUUUCAAAAUUGUAUUAAAUUUGUUUCAAUGUAGCAACAAUUUUGCCAAUUUUGUGGAUAAUGAUUACGACAUAUUUUAGGUAUUUGCAUAAAAAAAUAUAAAUAAUCCAACCUUAUUGUUUUAUAGUUUUUAAUAUAUUUUAUAAUACGACAUAUUGUUCACAACGUUUAUCAAUAAAUAUUGUAUAUGUAACAUAA